CUACUACUACUACUACUACUACUACUACUACUACUACUACUACUACUAUUAACCGCGCAAGGGAAAAAGAGGAUUUAGUGGAGACAGGAGACGUCAAGACUACAUGAUAAGGAUGGGAAUCCUUCAAGUACUGAAAACCCAGCUGCUGUGUCAUCUCAUUAUCUGUUAUGUGUUCCUAGUCAGUGGGUUUAUUAUCAACCUGCUCCAGCUUUGUACUCUACCACUGUGGUAUAUUAACAAGCAACUCGCACGCAGGAUCAACUGCAGAUUGGGUUAUUCCGUUUCUAGUCAAUUGGUGGCAUUGUUGGAGUGGUGGUCCGGGACAGAAUGCACACUUUACACAGAUCCAGAAAGCUAUCCUUUCUAUGGCAAAGAAAACGCCAUUGUUGUCCUCAAUCAUAACUUUGAGAUAGAUUUUAUGACCGGCUGGACCUUCUGUGAGAGAUUUGGUGUUUUAGGGAGCUCAAAGGUGUUGGCAAAAAAGGAACUUUCCUUUGUUCCUGUGAUUGGCUGGAUGUGGUACUUCCUGGAAAUUGUCUUCUGCAAAAGGAAAUGGGAAGAGGAUCGCAAGACAGUAGUGCAAAGCCUGCACAACCUUCGUGAUUACCCAGAAAACUUUUGGUUCCUGUUGCACUGUGAGGGCACACGUUUCACAGAAAAGAAGCACAAGAUUAGUAUGGAGGUGGCAGAGAAGAAAGGUCUGCCCAAACUCAAGUACCACCUUCUCCCUCGGACCAAGGGCUUUUGUGUCACGGUCCAGAACCUCAGGGGAACGGUUACUGCUGUGUACGAUUCUACACUUAAUUUCCGAAACAACGAAAUGCCAACUUUACUAGGAGUACUCAACGGGAAAAAAUACCAUGCUGAUUUAUAUGUGAGGCGGAUUCCUCUGGACACAAUCCCAGAGGAGGAGUCUGAAUGCGCGGCCUGGCUUUACAAACUCUAUCAGGACAAAGAUGAAUUCCAAGAGCAUUACAGACAGACAGGACGUUUUCCGGGUCCCAUUACAAGCCCUCCGCGCCGACCUUGGGCCCUGCUGAACUGGCUCUUCUGGGUCUGUUUGCUGGUCUACCCUCUCUGCAUGUUACUGCUCCAAAUGCUGCUAUCAGGAUCCACCUUCUCUGUCGUCUGUACAUUUGUCUUCUGUCUAGCAGUGUCAGUUGGUAUCCGCUGGAUGAUUGGACAGACCGAGAUUGACAAGGGUUCGAACUACGGGAAUAAAGAUGCAAAUAAACAAUAACUGAGACUUCCACCAGGGCAACAAGAUCAUGCUACUUUACAGUCAUGAGGGCAUUUUCACAACGGGAACUGGCAUUAGCCAAGUGCAGCCACCUUCGUAAGUGAAAUUUGAGGAAGUCGCCACAUGAAAGAGCUGUUUGAAUCAUUUAAAAUGCUUCUCUGUUUUGAUUUUCAUGUUUUUUUUUAAAGAGACAAGUAGGCCAUUUAAAAAAAACUGUCUGUUUAUUAAUAUUAUUUUUUAAAUAUUGCAAACACUGUUGGAGGAGCAGAGAACCAGCAGUUGAUGCCUGUGUAAGAGCAUGUUUGUCCACCCAUCCGAGUGCAGCAGCAGAAAGGCGGAGUCAGACUGGCCUCUUCCCUCUCAUUGGUUGAUUAUGCUCUUGUACACCCAGAUGGUAAAGGCACGCCAUUGGCCAGCACGAGGCUGAGCCAACGCAGCACAACUACUUAUAGGCUUAAAUAUGACUUGUUAACAGUGGGCUCUGCAGCAAGGCAAACAAAAAUACCAUUUUAACAAAACAAAAAAAGAAAAUUAAAACCUUCUCUACUGUGACUUUCAGCCCCAGGUUUGUAUGCUUUCUUCAGUGAACACUCAUUGAAAUUGUACAUACAGUCAGUCAAUGUCAAACUCCCUCCAUCUCCCAUUCUCUGAUGCUUUGUGCAGAGAACAUCCCUUGAAUUAAUGUACUGUCUCCUAACAUGUAUUCCCUGUGACUCGAUCACCGACAAAGUGGCUAUUAAACUUCAGCUUUACAAUAUGCUUUGUACACAGAAAAA